AUGCGAGAUGGAUUGUGGCUCUGGCUGUCUCUAGCGACUGGCUACUUGGUUUCUCCCCUAGGCACGGCUUACCCUGAGACUACCUCCGACUAUAGUGACUGGGUUGAGUAUACAUCCGGCCUAACAUAUGCAGGUGUUGAAGAGAUCUACUCUAUCAUUGCUACUGAAUUUAAAGAUUGGGUACGUUCCUGCUCUUUAUCAUCUGGGGUUUGUUAUUGCGCGCAAAUCAGUUUUGUUAGCACAGCUCAUAGUUCGACUACUCCCACUUCACAGGUAGCAGCGAUGGGAUUAUGGCAUCACCACUCCCACUCCACUCCUAUCCAGUCAGGGGUGGCCACUAACUGUGCCAGGUUUUACCAGAUUAAUAUCGUUGGAUAUACACCUACCAGCUGCGUCCCAACCAUCAAUAGUACAACUACAGCCGGCAAUGGAAUCCCCACUCCGACACCGAUCCAGAGCGGUAUGGUCACCGAUUGUGACCAAUUCCAUUUUGUUAUCUCCAGGAAUACCUGUGCCGGUAUCGCAUCUUCUACAGUAAUUCCCGUCUCGGAUUUUUACACCUGGAAUCCUACCGUUAGUAGCAACUGCUCCAGCUUGUGGUUGGGAUACUAUGUCUGCAUUGACAUAAUCGGCUAUACUCCCAGCACAACCGCCGCCACCACAUUCAUAACGACUACGACGACAAGGAGAAUGAUAUUUCGACCCCAACCCCAACGCAGAAAGACAUGGUAA